CUGCUCUCACAAACCCAAAAAUACAGCAGGGAGUGCUUAGACUGCCGCAUUCGCUUCCAGAGACUUUAUACCAGUCAUGCCUUCCAUAAAAAUCAACAUCAAGGUUGUGGCGGCCGAGUCGUUGUACAAACGCGACGUGUUCCGCCUGCCAGACCCCUUUGCAGUGUUGACUGUCAACGGGGGCCAGACCCAUUCGACCACCGCGGCCAAGAAGACGCUCAACCCGUACUGGAACGAACUGUUUUCGUUCACCGCGACGGAAGAUUCGAUCCUCGUGAUCCAGGUGUUUGACCAGAAGAAGUUCAAGAAGAAGGACCAGGGCUUCUUGGGGGUCGUGAACGUCCGCUUGGGCGAUGUCAUCGACAUGAGUGCCGCCACCAACGAGGAGACCGUCACGCGCGACUUGAAGAAGUCGAACGACAACCUUGUGGUUAGCGGAAAGUUGAUCUUUGUCAUUUCCCACGGCAGAAGAGCCAACGGCACUGUUCCUGCGGCUGCCACCCCCAGACCGGUUGCCGCACCUGUGGCCGAAAACUUACAGGUUCCUUCUGAAUCCUCUGCUACUUCCCCUGGCGACAGGCAAUACUCGUCGUUUGAGGACCGCCAAGGCCGCUUGCCCCCGGGCUGGGAGCGCCGAACCGACAACUUCGGGCGGACUUAUUACGUUGACCACAACUCGCGCACCACUGCGUGGAAACGUCCUGUGAUGGACCAAUCCGAGGCCGAACGUGGCCAGGCACGUACCAGCAACACGGAGGCCGAAAGAAGACAGCAUCUUGGGAGAACGUUGCCUGGUGAGUCAUCUACCAACACCCCCGCGAGCCCCGCGUCGGAGAAUGUGACGUUACAGAGUUCGGGGACGGGUGCCACGCCGGUUGUGCCGGCCGCGGCCGCGGCCUUGGCGUCGUCGGGCUCCACCACGGCCGGACUAGGCGAAUUGCCACCGGGCUGGGAGCAGCGAUUCACUCCCGAGGGCCGUCCGUACUUUGUCGACCACAACACGCGCACCACCACGUGGGUGGAUCCUCGAAGACAGCAGUAUAUCCGCACUUACGGGCCAAACACGACAGUUCAGCAGCAGCCUGUGUCGCAGUUAGGGCCGUUGCCGUCGGGCUGGGAAAUGAGGCUCACCAACACCGCGAGAGUGUAUUUUGUCGACCACAACACCAAAACCACGACGUGGGACGACCCGAGAUUACCAUCCUCCUUGGACCAGAAUGUGCCGCAGUACAAGCGUGACUUCCGCCGCAAGGUGAUUUACUUCCGCUCGCAGCCAGCGUUGCGCAUCUUGCCGGGCCAGUGCCACAUCAAGGUCAGACGUAACCACAUCUUCGAGGACUCGUACCAGGAGAUUAUGAGACAAACCCCCGAGGACUUGAAGAAACGGUUGAUGAUCAAGUUUGACGGGGAGGAAGGGUUGGAUUACGGUGGGGUGUCGCGUGAGUAUUUCUUCUUGCUUUCGCACGACAUGUUCAACCCAUUCUACUGCUUGUUUGAGUACUCGUCGCACGACAACUACACGUUGCAGAUCAACACGAAUUCCGGGAUUAAUCCAGAGCACUUGAACUACUUCAAGUUCAUCGGAAGGGUGGUUGGGUUGGGUGUGUUCCACCGCCGGUUCCUCGACGCGUUCUUUGUCGGUGCUUUGUACAAGAUGAUGUUGCACAAGAAGGUGGUGCUCCAGGACAUGGAGGGGGUGGAUUCCGAGUUUUACCGCUCGUUGAAGUGGAUUCUUGACAACGACAUCACCGAUGUGCUCGACUUGACCUUCAGCGCCGACGACGAGCGCUUCGGCGAAGUCUUGACCGUGGACUUGAAGGCCGGUGGGCGCGACAUCGAAGUCACGGAGGAAAACAAGCGUGAGUAUGUCGAGUUGAUCACCGAGUGGAAGAUUUCCAGACGGGUGGACGAGCAAUUCAGGGCGUUCAUGGACGGCUUUAACGAGUUGAUUCCGGAGGAGCUCGUCAACGUGUUUGAUGAGCGCGAGUUGGAGUUAUUGAUCGGCGGGUUGGCCGAGAUCGAUGUCGAGGACUGGAAAAAACACACUGACUACAGAGGAUACCAGGAGACCGACCAGGUCAUCCAAUGGUUCUGGCAGUGUAUCAAGGAUUGGGACAGCGAGCAGAAGGCCCGCUUGUUGCAGUUCACCACGGGCACAUCCAGAAUUCCCGUCAAUGGGUUCAAGGAUUUACAGGGGUCUGACGGGCCGAGACGCUUCACCAUUGAAAAGGCCGGGGAGCCGGGCCAGUUGCCAAAGUCGCACACCUGUUUCAACAGAGUGGAUUUACCUCCGUACACGGACUAUGAAACCAUGAAACAGAAGUUGACCUUGGCGGUGGAGGAAACCGUUGGGUUUGGUCAGGAAUAAAAGGGUUUUGUUUUUCUGUCUGUUCGGGGGGGG